UCCAGUCAGCAGGUGUGGAAUUUCGAGGACUGAAAACAAGUGCUAUAUCUCAGCGCAAACCUCUGAGCAAGCCUGUGCUGGAGAAAUAUGUGUUAACACCGAAUGUAGAACCAGCAGAACUGGACUUACACACUGCAUUGCGGGUGUGCAUGGACAUCACUGUGGAGAACAAGCCUGUCACCCAAGUGAAGGUGGUGGAGCUGCACACCCAAGGCUUCACACCUCUUGCACCUGCUGUGGCACUCAUCCUUGCAGACAGGCCACUUCUAAAGGGAGACAUAACAGUUCUGGCAAAGGCCCAUGACCUAUUAGGGACAGACCUGGACAUGACAGGGAUCAAGGUUGAGGAACAUGAACUGUGGGAUGAGCACAACUGCACACUGGUCAUUGCAUCCAACAUCCUGCUUCAUACAGAACUGCUGCAGACUGCGGUGAAUGCCCUUGCUGAUGGGGCCUGCCUCCUGGCUCGUGAGAAAGUUGACACAGAGAGUGUGGUCAGCAAUUGCUUCAGACUUGAAACUGUGUUUGAGAAGACUCUGAAGGAUGAGAAGCUGCUGUUGCUCAGGAAGGUGCUUCUUCAUUUUGGACACAUCAGCACCCCCAUUUGAUGUGAAUUCACCUCUGUACAGCCAGCAGCUGAUCAAAGAUCUCGUCAUGAAUGUAUACAGUGGUGGAAAGUGGGGGUCAUACCGACACCUCCCGCUAGACAGCUGUGCCACUAUCACUACACCACAUGUGUGGCUCAACAUCAUGACCCCAGGAGAUCUCUCUAGCUUCAGAUGGUUGGAAGGAAAUCUGGACCCUGAGUGUGUUCAGGCAAAAGCAGAUGAGAACUUGGUGCAGGUUUAUCACUCUGCCCUUAAUUUCAAAAAUGUGCUUUUGGCAGCUGGGAAGGUGGCAGCAAAUGUCUUCAUAAAGGAUCCACUGAACGAGGACAGUCUUCAAGGAAUGGAGUUUUCUGGGCGUGAUCACAGGGGAUGGCGUGUCAUGGGAAUAACUUCUCGUCGAGCCCUAGCCUCUGUGCUGCAGGCAGACAGAGCAAUGCUGUGGGAUGUACCUGAUCACUGGACACUUGAGGACGCAGCAACUGUGCCUGUGGUCUAUGCAACAGCUUACUAUGCUCUGGUCACUAUUGGGAACUUGAAGAAGGGUGAGUCAGUGCUUAUCCACUCGGGCACUGGGGGUGUUGGCCAGGCAGCUAUCAACAUUUGCCUACAUGCAGGCUGUACAGUUUACACCACUGUUGGUACCAAGGAGAAACGGGAUUUCAUCAAAAGGCAGCACCNUAUAUAUAUAUAUAUGAAAAUUAGUAUUUGA